AUGAACGUCAUCGUCGUCGUCGUCGUCCUUCUCACCUGCUGCGUUCUUUGCCCAUUUGCGAUAGAGUCGGGCUCAAGGCUCGAGGACGCCGAGAGAUUCAGAAAAGAAGCAGAGAGGAUGAGGCUGCAGGGAGAGAGCGAGAGAGCUCUCAAGAUGUUCCAGGAGACUCUCCGUCUUGACUCAACGAAUAGUAAGGCCUACUGGGGGAUAGGAAGAAUCUUGCUCGAGCAUGAGCGUGUUGAGGAAGCUUUGCCCAUGUUCAGAGAAGCAGUCACAACAGCCGAGGAGGAGAAGAGGAGGGACAAGGAAAGCACGAGGGUCACGGAUGUUGCUCUUGCGGUCAUGUACCAGGACCUUGGGGUCUGUCUUGGAGAGAACUUUCGCUUCAAGGAGCAGAUGAAGGCUUUCGAACGCUCGCUGUCCAUCCGAUACAGCGAGAGGACGUACACCAACCUCCAGAGGGUUCGGCAGUUCAUGUGCGAAUGGAGGGACUGGGACAAUAACAUGCAGGAGCUCGAGCGACUGGCCAACAGGAGCUUGCACUGGCUGCCCGGAUGGCAAGGGAGCAACGCCAAUACCAUCCAGCAGAGCUACCUUCUAGUUCCUCCCCAGCAUGCUCUCUACUACCCGAUGAGCCCGAUCACGACGCUGGCAAGCGCUCGAUUCUGUGCCCUCCUUACAGAGAGGGAGGCACGAAAAUUGCAGUUGAAACCGUUCCGGCACCCGCAGACCUCUUGGCGUCCCAAGGAGGGAGUGAGAGGCUACCUCUCUUCUCAGUUUGCAGCCAAUUCCUUCGGAUGGACGAUGGAGCACGUCUUCUCUUUCCAUGAUAGGACCCGAUUCCACGUGAUCGCCUUCUCGCUCUCCUCCUCCGAUGACCCCACAAGGCGGAGCAUGGUGGAGGAGGUCGAAGACUUCAAGGAUGUGAACGGCAUCGAUCCGGCCGGCAUCGCGUCAGCGAUCAACGAGCUUCAAGUUCAUGUCCUCCUCGAUGUAGACGGGUACCGCGACGUUCGCGUCACCACAGGGGUGGCAGACAACAUGCAGGUCCUGGCUUUGCGUCCUGCUCCCAUCGUCGUGAACUGGCUGGGCCCCUGCUCAUCUAGCGGAGCUGACUUCGUCGACUUCCUGCUAUCAGACCGUCUGUCGUCGCCCCCUGACUUUCAGUCUCACUUCACAGAGUCCUUUGCCCUCCUCCCCCUCUCCUUCUCCGUCUCCUCCCUUGCCCAGUCCUACUCCAACCUCACACGGAUCUUCUCCUCUGCCCUACUGUCUGGGUACCCUGUCCUCCUUCCUCGCUCUUCCCUUCCUCCUGAUUUGAAGACCAGGGACAGCAAGCCCACAGACUUGCAGACAGCGCUGAAGCGACAUGGAGUGAGGCGAGAAGAGCAUGGCGUGCCGGCAGAAGGGCUCGUGCUCGCAGACUUCAACAAGUCGUUCAAGCUCUCUCCUGACAUGUUCACUACCUGGCUGAGCCUCCUCGUCGCCUUGCCCGGUAGCGUCCUUGUGCUAGGGGAGGCCGAGGAGGCGGCAAAGAAGAAUAUCCGCAAGGAAGCGAGGGAGGCUGGCGUGGACCCCGGCAGGAUCUCCUUCCCCGACCCUCACGUGACGCACGGGGAGCACGUGACCAGAAGGCUGCCCAUGGUUCUCUCGCUCUGA